AUGGAUGAGACACCACUGCGAUUUGAUAUGCCAGACCAGUUUCCAUUGUUAACAACUAAAAGAGUAUUUUGGCGUGGUGUGGCAGAAGAGUUAAUAUGGUUUAUAAAAGGCUCCACCAAUGCCAAAGAGUUAUCCGAUAAAAACGUUCACAUCUGGGAUGCCAAUGGAUCUAGGGAAUUUCUAGAUAGUAGAGGACUUCAAGAAAGAGAAGAAGGUGACUUGGGGCCUGUUUAUGGCUUUCAGUGGAGACACUUUGGAGCGCAAUACAAAGACAUGCAUAGUGAUUAUUCCAAUCAAGGUAUAGAUCAAUUAGCGAACGUUAUAGAAACCAUCAAAACAAAUCCACAUGAUAGAAGAAUUAUUAUGACAGCAUGGAAUCCCACAGAUUUACCGAAAAUGGCUCUUCCACCUUGUCAUGCAUUUGUGCAAUUUUAUGUUUGUAAUGAUGAACUAUCUUGUCAGUUGUAUCAACGUUCAGCUGAUAUGGUAGGUAACAAUUUCUAAAAUAUCAGUAUUGUGAAUUGUAUCCUUCAAGAUUGGCUAGUACUGAAGUCUCAGUCCAUGCCAUUUAAAAACUCGCAGGGAGCUAAAAAUUACUCUCCUGAAUGUAGUAAUGUGAGCAAUGAGAUCCAGCGAACACCACGACCCUUCCCUAAACUACACAUCAAGAGGAAAAUUGAAAAUAUUGAUGAUUUCCGAUAUGAAGAUUUUGAAUUGGAAGGUUACUCUCCCCAUCCUAAAAUACCAAUGGAUAUGGCUGUUUGAAGUGUACUUCUCUUAUUUAUAUAUCCCAGUCACUUGUACAUUCAUACAUUCAUCUACAUUGCUAGUCUUUCUCACAGAACAUUGAAAGCAAUUUGGCUUUGAAAAAUGUACAAAUGAGUUGAAAAAUGUGCGCAAUUGCACGAUUCCCACCUACUACACUUUGUGCGUCCUUAAAAAAUACUUCAGGGGUGAAAAUCGCCCUUUUCCUCACUGCCCAUUAUAUUCUUUUAAUGAUGGCCUGUGCAUGUAUUGGACUGUGACGCGCCAGCUAGCUCUCUGAUACAAACAACAAUUAUCCUCCUGCAUAUUUCGUUUAAAAUUGUGUGUCCUUAUAUUUAAAAACAUUACCUUUUUCGGGUAUGCAUACGUAAGUUGGAAUAGCCCGCAUUGAGUUUCUAGAGUGCAGGGUGACGCGUUAAGCAACUUGUGAGGCAAAAAUGAAUUAUCCUUCCCGCUUGUUGCAUGAUUUAAUUAAUUAUUCCUCGCGUCCAAUUGUGGAUUAUUACUUGUAUUAACGUACAAAAAAUAAAUUCGUUGAAUUGUUAUGAAAUGCAAAUAAAUUUCAACUUAGUUUCAUCGUAAGUGAAUGACUCCAGUCGCAUAUUAAACGCUCAAUGCUGGAGCUUGACUUGGAACAGAGUUCGUGGACCUGAUACGUCAAAUCGCUAAUUAACCAAUCAAAAUGGUGGAUGAUGCCAACAUGCUCAAAUUACCGUAGCUCAUUUAAAUGUUAUUGUUAUUG